GAACGAGUUCCCGAGCGAGUUGUGCACGCUAAGGGUGCAGGAGCGCACGGUUACUUCGAGGUAACGCACGACAUUACCAAAUAUUGCAAAGCAAAGUUUUUGAAUGAAAUUGGAAAGCAAACACCAGUUUUUGCACGAUUCUCCACUGUUGCACUCGAGUCAGGAUCAGCUGAUACGGUCCGUGAUCCACGAGGAUUUGCCCUCAAGUUCUACACUGAGGAGGGAAUAUGGGAUAUGGUUGCCAACAACACACCGAUCUUCUUUGUCCGUGAUCCAAUGCAAUUUUCCAACUUUAUACAUGUCCUGAAAAGAAAUCCACAGACGCAUCUUAGAGAUAUGAACGCAUUAUUCGAUUUUUGGGCAAAUCGUCCUGAAAGUACUCACCAGGUAAUGUUCCUUAUGUCUGAUCGCGGAACUCCCGACGGAUUCCGUUUCAUGCAUGGAUAUGGCUCGCAUGCUUUCAAGCUUGUGAACGCCGAAGGCCAAGCGGUUUAUUGCAAAUUCCACUUCCAAACAAAGACUGUCAAGAACCUCAUGGCCGAAGACGCUAGGCGCUUAGUGGGUGAAGAUCCUGAUUAUUCUGUUCGCGACCUCUACAACGCUAUUGAUAGAGGCGAAUAUCCGGAAUGGUUCCUAUCUAUUCAAGUGAUGACCUUCGAACAAGCCGAAAAAUGGACAAUGGAUCCGUUUGAUGUCACCAAGGUCUGGCCCCACAAUGAGUUUCCGCUGAUGCCUGUUGGCAAAUUGGUUUUGAACAGAAACCCCACGAACUACUUUGCAGAGGUAGAGCAAUCAGCAUUUGCUCCAUCUCGUCUCGUGCCGGGAAUCGAAUUUUCCCCGGACAAACUACUUCAAGGACGUAUCUUCUCUUAUCCUGACACACAAUAUCAUCGUCUUGGACCUAAUUAUAUGCAACUUCCAAUUAAUUGUCCAUAUCGCAGCCGUCCACAAAACACUCAACGUGAUGGACUCGCUUGUUUUUAUAGCGAAGCACCACACUAUUUCCCUGAUAGCUUCAACGGGCACGUUGAAAAUAAGGAACGAACUGAAAGCGUAUUUCAUGUGAGCGGAGACGUGGAUCGUCAUGAUCCGGGUCACGACGAUGAUUUCGAACAGCCUAGAAUCUUUUGGCAACAAGUUAGUUGCUUUUACGCCUCACCUCCUGUUCAAGAGCGUUUCCUCAAGAACUACGGAAGUGUAGGUUGA